AUUACGUUUCUUUUUCUCUCUGCAGCUAGCACUAGCAGCAUUUGUGCCUUGGUACUGGUUUUGAUGUGCAGCAGUGCUGCUACUGCCCUCAACAUGACCAACAUCUGCUUGCUAUUGAAAAAUAAUGCUCGCAUAGCCAGCGGAGAUUCUUGCUCAAAUUAUUACACAUGCUCCAACGGUGCUGCUACAUCUCAAAGUUGUUCUUCUGGCACCUAUUUCGACAAGAACUCACAGGCUUGUGUCAGCACGGCUCCAAGCUAUUGCACAACAAAUACUACAAACCCAUGCGCUGGACUCGCUACUGGCUCUUUUGCUGCUGUAACAGGUUCCUGUACCAACUACUAUUACUGCGGCACCAACGGUGCGGUAGAAGGCACAUGUCCUAACAGUCUCGUGUUCAACCCGACGACCCAAUCGUGCGACUAUUCAAGCAACUAUCCCUGUCAGAAUUCUAGUUCUAGCGAUGCCAACACCGUUGUCAACUUGUGUUUGUAUAUCCAAAACGGAAUCUACUUUGGCAAUGCUUUCAGCUGUGCUGGCUGGCAGAAGUGCUAUAACGAGAGCAGCUUUACUACCGGGUCCUGCAGUAACGAUUUGGUCUUCGAUACGGCGAGCGCGAUAUGUAACUAUCCAGCGAACGUUGACUGUUCCCAGGUAACCAAUGACCCUAAUUUGGAUGUCAAUGCAGCUAGUGACGGUGGCACAUGUACAACAAGUGGGGAACUCAAAAAUGCCACUGCUUGCAAUCAAUAUUAUCAAUGUACUAAUGCUAAAUGGCAGCUGGUAACGUGCAGUACCGGCAAGUACUACGACACCGUAUCAAAGACUUGCGUGAACAGAAAUGUUGCUUACAAUGACUGUGAUCGUUGCUUGGGUACCAAUCUCCAAUUUGUAAACGCAUUUGGUACUAAUUGCACUGGCUACUUGUAUUGCGUAGAAGGCGUUGAAAAGAGUAGUGGCACCUGCCCCACCGGAGACUACUUCAACGAAGAUAUGGGUGGUUGUGUGACCGAAAAUCCGAAUUACGUAUUCUGUACGAGUGAAUCCUCGUCGUCUGCGACUACAACGAGUGGUAGCACUGAUGAUACCACAGCAUCUGGUGAGACGACUGCUAGCACAGCAACCACAGCAACCACAGCAACCACAGAAGCAACCACUGAGGCAGCUAAAUGUUUUUGCCAUAUGGUCUCAAAAUCUUUCAAGGGCUCGGUUACUACACUAUCCUGUCCGUUAAAAUUGAACUUGACAGGAACUUGGUGCCGUGUGGAGUAUUCCAGAAUAGCCAAACAAUUCAUAUUUGGGACCCUUCUUAUGGUGCUAGUAAACGUAAUUGCCGCGGAAUACGAUGUGGAUGGCGUAUGCACAUUGGUCUCAAAUGGCGUUCGCAUUGGCAGCAUCGAAUCUUGUCUAAAGUACUACAUCUGCAACAACGGCAAGGCUACAGCUUAUACCUGUCCUUCCGGCACAAAAUUUAGCAAAAACUCGCAAACUUGUCUAACCGCAGCCAACGUCAAUUGCUAUUUUGGUGAAACAACACCCUGCACUGGCAAAAAUGGGGUGUUCGUGCCCAAAACUGGCUCUUGCAAUGGCUGGAUCUACUGUAAAAAUGGUCAAGAAAUCAGCAGCGGCACCUGUAGCAACAACUUAAUUUUCCGCGAUGGCGAGUGUAUAUAUGGCGACUGUGCCAAUUCUGUGAACACACUGGAUGCAAGUUUUACCUCCAUCUGUCAGGUACUGCCGAAUAACAAAUACUUUGGAAGCACAAUGGACUGCACCAAAUGGCAAAUUUGCAGGAAUGAGAAGUUGAAUGGAGGUGUUUGCAAAGGUGAUUUGGUGUACGAAGUUUCAUCUGCUACUUGCUCCUACAAAACUGCAAGCACCUGUUCGCACGUCACUGGUAUCAAGGUGCAACCGGAUGUGGAAGUCUUUGGCAGUUGCACUGAGAAUGGCGCACUUAAGUCUACCGGCAUUUGCAGCGACUACUUGAAAUGUACAAACGGUCAAUGGAUGCGCCAGUCUUGUACAAACAACUAUUUCUUUGACACUGUGAAGCAAACUUGUGUGACCCGUAAAGCUGCUGUGACAAAAGAUUGCGAUCGUUGUCAAUUCACGAAAAAUACAUUCGCUAACGCUGUUGAUGUGGAAUGUCGCAAAUAUUUGAUUUGUUCAAACGGCGUCCAAAAGAGUUCCGGUUCCUGCGGUUCAGCCUACUACUUUGAUGAGAGCUCUCAAGCUUGCAUGAAAAUCAGUGGAAAUGUUGAUCUCGCGGCAGUUAGUGGGGCAUGCUAUACAGCUCCUACAAGUGGAGCAGGUGAUUCUGAUACCAGUGGCGACACCAGCGGCAGUAACAGCAGUGAUGGCACCAGCGAAAACACCAGUGACAGUGGUAGCAGUGAUGCUGCCAGCGGAGACACCAGUGACAGUAGUAGCAGUGAUGCCGCCAGCGGAAACACCAGUGACAGUGGUAGCAGUGAUGCCGCCAGCGGAGACACCAGUGACAGUGGUAGCAGUGAUGCCGCCAGCGGAGACGCCAGAGGUAGCAGUGAUAAAACUGCAAGUAAUGCAAACACGGAAGCGUAGCAGCUGAAGAGUGGAACUAUUGAGCCGGUAAUAAAGCAUCCGAUCGUAAUGUAUAAACCAGGGGUUUCCAACCUUGAUUUUCUCGUAGACCCAUUUCAAAACUUUACUGGUUUCGGUGGACCCCCUGAUGCCCUUUCUAACAUAUUCCCAAAGCUCAUCAAAAAAGUGUGAAGAUUCGAUCUAACAGUGAAAAUUCGCAUCAUGGGUGAAUUCGGAGUGGCAAAAAUAAAA